AGUCCAACUAUAUCAAGACACGUCGCUCUGCAGGCACAGCUUUCUCCACGUCUCUCCCGCCGCCUGACGUGCAACAUCGCAUCGUCGCCCGCCCGAAUGUAUUCCACCCAGCCUAACGGCGCUGAGGGUGCGACCAUCAAUCCCGCAACUAUCAACCCUGCCGCUCUGAAUUCUGAGCUAUUGAAUCCGACCUCCCGAGGUAUUAAGCGAAGCCGUUCUCCGGAGUCUUAUCACGACGUGCCGACGACUGAUAACGCCGGAGAUGAUGGUGAUUCAAAGCAACCUAGAAAACGCGGCCGACCGAUGAAAUCGCGACUUUCUAGCGACGUCCUAGAAACAGCGAAUCAAUCCCAGAUUCCUCCCCCUCCCCCACCCACUCAAAUGUCGCAGUCAAUACCGCCGCAGACUCCUCAGUCUCAAAAUGCCUCGCUUCCGGGCCAGCCUGGCAACUAUACCCCGGCCCAGGCGUCACCCCCGCCGAAGACCACGCCCACUAAGACGACCCUAAAGGCGUUGCCGACUGUGCGCGAUCACACCACCGACCAACUUGGUCCUGGUGGCGACGAAUAUCUACCGCGCGAGAUUGACGAUUCCGGCGAGAAGAAGGUCAUGCCCAACGGUCAACUCCUAGGAGGUCGCGAGUACCGAUGCCGUACCUUCCUCGUACCUAACCGCGGAGACAAAUUGUUCAUGUUAGCGACGGAGUGCGCGAGGGUGCUAGGAUAUAGAGAUUCCUACUUGCUCUUCAACAAAAAUAGAUCUCUAUUCAAGAUCAUUGCAAAUCAAGUAGAGAAGGAUGAUCUGGUCUCUCAGGAGAUACUUCCGUUCUCUUAUAGAUCGAGGCAGAUCGCAAUUGUCACGGCGCGGUCGAUGUUUAGACAGUUCGGAAGUAGGGUCAUAGUUAACGGACGGAGGGUUCGCGAUGAUUACUGGGAACAGAAGGCGAGGAAGCAAGGUUUCACUGAAGCCGAUCUUGCGGGAGAAAAGCGUCCUGGCGCAUCUAAAGCCAGAGAAGCAGCUGCUGAGGCGAACAACAGCAUGGCACCACUUCCGGGAGGGCCUCAUGGUGAGAUCGUAUAUGCGAAUACCCCCCAAUUUGCCGGUGCACCGCAACCGCUUGUUCAACCAGAUCUGAACGAUACGAGGACUCGAGAUUACAGCAAUUUUAUCAAAGGCGGCCCUCGACAAGAGAUCACCGGUCCAGCUUACCAGGACAGGACACAAUCGAGUCCCAUCUCGGAAAUACACCAACAGGCGCAUCACGCUGCCGAGUUUAACCGAUCCGUCAACCAAGGUCGCGAGAUGCGGUCCGAUUAUAUGAACAACCUAUGGCGGAGACCUCACGAGCAGCCGGCCACCAGUCAACCUGUUACCACCGAGGCUUCCCUUCCCACGACGCGUCCUGGCCAGUCGCCCCAUACCGCUCCGGCAACUAUGCAUUCGUCUGGUAUUGUGCCGAACCAGAGCCCGCAGAUGAUGAUGACCGCGCCGCCUUACUCGCAGUCUAUUCACUCCCAGCAGCCGAUGAAUCAGACUCCGAUGCGAGGAGUACCUCAACCGUCUUCUCAGAAACAGUCGCGACCGUCCAACAUCCAACCAGGAGCCUCUAGCAAUAUGUCACAAGGUACACCGGCGUACAACUACGGCUCUUCGAACCAGAUGUGGGGACCUCCCCAGACACCGCAGACGCCUCAGCACUAUCCCGGAUACACGACCCAGUCGCAGCCUUCACCGCACCCUCAACAAUCACCGGCUCCUCAGAUGCGCCACUCGGGAGGCACUCCCCAGAUGCAGCAGAGCACCAUGCAGUACCAUGGUAUGCCAGGCAUAGGUCAGGGCUAUCCCAAUGCCGGGCAAGGGAUGUAUCCCCCUGAGCAAACGCCUAGGCAGUUUAUGCCCCAGAACCCUGGGCCGGGACCGGCUGUAUCGUCUGCUUGGAAUAACCCGCAAACCUCUGCUGGCGGGAACUGGUGGGCAAACCCGCCUCAGUGAUUAUCACUGGGGAAGGUUGACUCCACGGGAUGAAGCGC